AAACUGGCAGUACGAGGAGUUUUCAAAGUAUAAAAAGAAAGCUGACUUGCGUGAAAUUGAAUUUUGAGAAAUGACCAAGCCCAAACUCUUCUACACUCAGGUGACAGGAGACUGCGUGAGACUUCUUCCACCUCUCCCGCUGCUAACAUACCUCUGAAUUUUUUUUUUAGAACACUAAUGUCGUUUCUGUAGAAAUUUUAUGCAUACGAUUUAGUAUACCGGGCCGGGUAUGGGACACACAUAUAUAAAGGGGAGGGUAACGGGUUGCAGUGUUUCCCUAUUUAGUCGUGGGACAGUUUUUUCUUUUAUUAAUAAUCUCUUUGCAUCUUUUUAUUCCCCAAACCAAAGUGAGUGCCUUCGCAACCUCCUGCCUUGGUUGGUUUAUGGUUUUGUUUGGACUUGUCAUAAUCUUUCCGCGUCCUAUCGGAAGUCCUAACUCGUAAACAUGACAACUCGACUCCUGAGACGACUGCUCGGAAGAGGAUCAGAUCAGAUCUUCGGCUCCGCAAAACCUAACGCUUCUUCAUUAGUGGCCGCUGCGGCUCGUGCUUUCUCAUCUGAUACCACUCCGAUUACGGCCACCCUCUUUCCCGGCGACGGAAUCGGCCCCGAGAUUGCAAAUUCAGUCAAAGAGGUGUUUAAAGCUGCUGAAGUACCCAUUGAAUGGGAAGAACAUUAUGUUGGGACUGAAAUUGAUCCUAGAACCCAAAGUUUUCUAACAUGGGAAAGUUUAGAAUCAGUUCGACGAAAUAGGGUGGGCUUGAAAGGGCCCAUGGCCACACCAAUCGGGAAAGGCCAUCGUUCUUUGAAUCUUACACUGAGGAAAGAACUUAAUCUGUAUGCCAAUGUCAGGCCUUGCCAUAGUCUCCCAGGCUAUAAAACGCGGUACGAUAAUGUUAACCUUAUCACUAUUCGUGAAAACACGGAAGGGGAAUAUAGUGGACUUGAACAUCAAGUGGUCAGAGGUGUAGUUGAAAGCCUUAAAAUCAUUACUCGUCAGGCAAGUUUGAGGGUGGCUGAAUAUGCAUUUCACUAUGCUAAGACUCAUGGCAGAGAUAGAGUAUCUGCAAUUCACAAAGCAAACAUUAUGCAGAAAACUGAUGGUCUUUUUCUCAAGUGUUGUCGAGAGGUUGCAGAGAAGUAUCCAGAGAUAAAAUAUGAGGAGGUUGUCAUAGACAACUGCUGUAUGAUGCUUGUGAAGAAUCCAGCACUCUUUGAUGUGUUGGUGAUGCCUAAUCUCUAUGGUGAUAUAAUCAGUGACCUUUGUGCUGGGUUGGUUGGAGGAUUGGGGUUGACACCAAGUUGCAAUAUUGGUGAGGGAGGAAUUGCGCUUGCUGAAGCUGUGCAUGGUUCUGCUCCUGAUAUUGCUGGAAAGAAUUUGGCAAAUCCAACUGCUUUGCUGUUGAGUGCUGUCACUAUGUUGCGCCAUUUGAAGCUUUAUGAUAAGGCUGAUAGAAUUCAAGAUGCUAUCCUCAAUACGAUCGCAGAGGGAAAGUACAGAACCGCUGACCUUGGGGGCUCUUCAUCAACAACAGAUUUUACGAAGGCUAUCUGUGAUCACCUUUAAAGAUUUUUUUCAGCAUAUGGUUUGCGAACUGAAAAUAUUUUAUUUUUUUUAGUUUUUUUCCUCAAGGGGAAUAAGAGAGCAUAACCUUGAUGAAUUUGGAGAAGCUUGUCCAGUUGAGUAACAACAGCAAUGUGGAUUAUGGAUAUUUACAGAGAAAUAUAAUCUGAUGAAGAUACUUCCUUUCCUGAUCCAUUGAAUGUCUAAGAAUGAACAAGACGGGACAGUCCUUGAAGCACUUUCUUAUGGAAAA